AAAGGAAAACAAGACAAAACUAAAAUUCUAAGAAUUUCCAAAACAAAAGCUAAACAAAGAAAAACAUAAAAGGAAAAAACAUAAUAAAAAAGAGAAAGAAGUGUAAAAAGUGAAAAAAUACAAAAUGUCGACACAACGCAUUAAUGCAGCUGAAAAAGAUUUGGAGAAAUUUAUAAAAUUUCUAGCCUUAAAAUCUACCCAAGUAGUGGUGCAGUCCCGUUUGGGCGAGAAGAUCCAAACGAAAUGCAAUCCUUUGGCAGGCAACGAUUGGUUUAAUUUAGUCGUCGAAGACCAUCCAGAUGUUUAUGCUGAAACAAAAAAGGCUUUAGCACUGGCCCCAGGAGAAUCAAUUUUAAAGCGUUUACCCUUGUGCGUAGAGAUUUCAUUAAAAACCGCCGAAGGCGAUCAAAUGAUUUUGGAAGUGUGGUCAUUGGAGUUACAACCUUCAGCCUCAAAUAAAUCGAAGGAAGCCAACGAUAAGGCCCAAAAUCAAAACCUCAAUUCAACAGCCACUGAACAACCCUGCUUAAAAACUGCUCAUGCUAUUUACAAUCGCAUGGGUAUGCUAUUGAAAUCAUUAAUUUCUUUGACACGUGCCACACCCGCUUACAAGCUAUCCAGACGCCAGUGUCCCGAUUCGUACAGUAUUUACUACCGUAUCUAUGUUGAACGUCCUCAGAUUCAUACUUUGGGUGAAGGUCACAAAAAUGUUCGCAUUGGUCAUUUGAAUACUAUUGUGGGUAAUCUGGUUAUGUCGGUUGCCUAUCGCACAAAAAUGACUAUAACGCCUACAACCACUGCUGCUGGCCAGACGAGGACACGUGAAACAAAUACCAUUAUGAUUGAUUCGAAUCAUUUCAAACAUACCGAAACGGCUGGCAAACAAAAUGCGGGCGGUUUGAAUGGCAAAAAAUCUGCUGGUUUAGGGGGUGAAAAGAAAAUUAUCGAUAUUGAAAAGCCUUUACGGCCAGGAGCAUUUACUGACAUCGGCAAAUUGCGUCAAUAUACAGAAGAUGAUUUUGUUUUACCCGAAACACCACCAUUUGAAUGGCUUUUAAGAAAACCAAGACAUGAAAGUGCUGGUAGUGCGGGUACUGGUUCAAUAGAAUCCUUAAAUCGUAAAUGUGAUUCACCUCAAACAUCCCCCUUGGGUAAUGGACAUCAGAAUAAUAUUAAUAUUAACAAUGCUUUGAACAAUAAUUCUACCAACAGUAAUAACAAUGCCAAUACUACCACUAAUAACAAUUCAGCGGCGUUUAAAAGUUUGGAAAACGAUGAAAAUUUACAACAGCAACUGUUACAGCAGCAGCAACAACAAAAGUCACCUAACAAUUCUACUCAUUCACAAUCACCCGUUAAGAGCCUAUUUGUACCACAGCCACCUGCUAACACAAGACCGCCACAUGCUUCUACGGCCAAUUUACCGGUAUCGCAAGUCAACAAUCAUUCGGCAGACGAUGAAAAUCUCCUAAAAGAACUAAAUUUCCCCUUUGCCUCGCCAACCUCACACGUCAACGAUUUGGCGAAAUUUUAUCGUGAUUGUUACCAUGCCCCACCUCUAAAAGGAUUUUCCGAAUUGCAAGCUGAAAUCUGUACGACAACAGCAACAACGACUACGACAGUUGUAGCACCAAUAUCCUCCUCCGCCUCUACUAAUAAUACCCAGACAACCGCGGUAAAUCCACAAUCCUGUUCGGCUGCCUCAAAUGCUGCCGAUUAUUCAUUGGUAGAUGAUCUCUCCAAACAGCUGGAACAGUUUGAGACUUCAUUGGAAGACUAUGACAAACUUGUCUCACAACUAGGUAUUUUACAAACCUCCUCUUCGACCGGCAGUCGCAGUAGUGGUGGUCUGCAAAUGAGUAAUUAAGUAGCAAACCAGAAAGGUGUAAUAAUUAUCUGUGUAUAGUAGAAAAAAGAGGUUAUAUUCAUAUUUUAUAUAGAUACAACAAUAUAUUUUAGUAUAUAAAAUAUAUUAAAUACAUGCAUAUUAUGUAAAAAAUUGAGCUAAAACAAAAAAAAAAAAAAAUAUUU